AUGCUGUUUGAACCCGGUUCAGUGCCUGCAGGCCCGCCCAUCGAGACCAAAAAAGCGUUGAUCUUGCUCGACUUCCAAAACGACUUCAUCAAGGCAAAUGGCAAUCUUCCCGUCAACAAUGUCCAGCCUUUCUUGUCCAACCUACUGUCGCUUGUGGAUGAGUUUCGUUCUAAAGGCGAAGUGAUAUGGGUCGGAACGGGAUUCGGACAACCUCGCUCUUCUAUCUCUCCUAUAACGGGUUCUCACUCGAUUGUCCUCAAGCACCAUCUUCAGCAACAUCAAGCGAAUGAAACCGACAGUGAGUACUACAAUAACCCGAGCAACGUCCGCUCACCUCACGAAGAUCCCUUUUCUCCCUCGGAAAAGCCAGAUGCCGUUCACGAUCGAGAGGCAUUUCUCGCUCCGGUCAUGACGACGACCAAACACAGAUGCUGCAUGCCUGGAACCUGGGGGGCGGAGUACCCUGAUAUCAUCAGGACCGCCAUCAAUCUGCAGCGAGACCUGGUCAUGGAGAAGUCACACUACUCUGCAUUUCAGGACACACCCUUACUCAUGCACCUCCGUACACGCCUGGUAACUGAAAUUUAUGUCUGUGGCACGCUCUCGAAUAUCGGAGUCUACGCUUCGGUGCUUGACGCCGUCUGCCAUGGUGUACAAGUCACUCUCGUCGAGGACUGUCUCGGCUAUCUCGACGAGAUGUGCCAUGUAGAGGCCAUGCGCCAGAUGGCAGAUAAUAUGGGCGCGAAAGGUGUUGAUUGCCAAGAACUGCGUGAUGAUCUUGCUGGUCUGCUUGGCGAGGUCAUCCGAGAAGAGGAUUAUACAACACGACUUCAAGUCAGCCUCCCCCCACCGAGUCGAAGAACAAGAAUGCACAAGUCGAGACAACAGAUCGAUGACUGGAUAUCGGAGCUAGAACGCAAGCAGAGUCCUGGCCCAUCGAAGGACCCCGAAGGAACGGGAUCGAAACGGAGCGAAGAUUUGGGGUUUCCGCGUCGCGACUCCCAUAGCCCGAGUGAGUCAAGCCGUAAACCGGUGAAGCACAAAGCGACCGAGCACAAACCACCCCAGAAAAGGUCAACAAGUGAUCUAGAUCCACUAGACGAAGACCGCGUGCUCAAGUUGUCACAAAAACCAUCCUCUCGUCGCACCUCGACACAUGCUGAACAGGUAAAGCCCAAACAGGCACAAAAAGUCACGCGAAAACGGCGUUCUUCGCGAGAGUCCUCGGUCAGGUCCGUUACGCCUUCUGAGUCACCGAUACAUCGGACUCGGUCAGCAGAAGAGUCAUCUUCUCAUAAAACUAGCUCACCCGAGACUGGACGGGCGCGUGUUCGAAACAUGCUGCCGGAUGCAUCACCCGAAAGCCACCAUCAAAUGGGACCAAAGAAGAAGAAAAAGACUGCCCCUAAUAUCCUCGGACUCGAGGAUAAGAUCGGCGAGGGUGACUCGAGACUCUACGUCAAUCUUCUUGAUCAAACUGAAGCCGAGCAAGCGUUCUAUUCAUGCAGGAAAGACAUCAACUGGCAGAAGAUGUUUCAUCGAUCUGGCGAAGUGCCUCGCCUUGUCGCUGUCCAGGGGAGCAUGCCUGGGGAUGGAUCUGAGCUGCCAAUAUAUCGACACCCAGCUGAUGAGUCACCUGAGCUUUUGCCAUUUGAUACGGUUGUGAACAUGCUACGGAAGGCCGCCGAAAGGGUUGUUGGCCAUCCACUAAACCAUGCUUUAAUUCAAUGGUACCGAACCAGCGAAGACAACAUCUCGGAGCACUCAGAUAAAACACUUGACAUUGUGCGUGGAUCCAGUAUCGUCAAUGUGAGUUUGGGGGCUCAAAGAACCAUGAUUCUCAGGGCGAAGAAAUCCGCUCUUCUAGGGCCUGCCAAAGGUGAAGAACCUGACACUGUGAGACCUUCCCAACGAGUGCCUCUACCUCACAAUUCUCUGUUCGUCCUCGGCCAAACCACAAAUCAGCACUGGCUUCACUCGAUUCGAGCCGACAAGCGGCCUGAUUUUGAGAAGUCACCUGCAGAACUUGCCUUUGGCGGAGAGAGGAUCAGCUUCACUUUCAGAAACAUUGGGACAUUCAUCAAUGUUGCCGCUAAUACGAUAUGGGGUCAAGGCGCGACAAGCAAGAUCCGAGGUGGAGCAUCACCUUUGACAACUGGGCCGGAGGCCGAACGAGAGGGCGAAGAAAUGAUUCGGGCAUUCGGGCAGGAGAACCAUCGCAGCGUGGACUGGGACUGGGAUGCAUGGUACGGAAAGGGGUUUGACGUGGUGAACUUUGAGACGAAGCACGCUGACGAGCGGCCGCCAGCCGAGGAAACGCACGUCGGCGGCACGAAAGGCGAGAAGGGAAAAGGUGACCACGAUGGUGGCAGCCCGACCAGGGCAGGCUCCGCGCCGUUCUGA